UCAGGACUCGGGACUCGGGACUCUGGACUCUGGAAUCUGGACUCUGGAAUCUGGACACGGGACUCUUGACUCUGGGCUCCGGACAUGGGACUCUGGACUCUGGACUCUGGACUCUGGACUCUGGACUCCGGACUCUGGACUCAGGACUCUGGACUCGGGAUUCUGGAAUCUGGACUCGGGACUCUGGACCCUGGAAUCUGGACUCGGUACUACGGACUCUGGACUCUGGACUCGGGACUCUGGAUUCAGGACUCGGGACUCGGGACUCUGGACUCUGGAAUCUGGACUCUGGAAUCUGGACACGGGACUCUUGACUAUGGGCUCCGGACUUGGGACUCUGCACUCUGGACUCUGGACUCUGGACUCCGGACUUGGAAGUCUUGACUCUUGACUCUGGAGUUCGGACUCGGGACUCUGGGCUCUGGACUCGGGACUCUGGAUUCUGGACUCGGGACUCUGGACUCUGGACUCUGGACUCUGGACUCGGGACUCUGGACUCUGGACUCUGGACUCGGGACUCUGGACUCUGGAAUCUGGACUCUGGACUCUGGACUCGGGACUCUGGACUCUCCACAUUGGACUCUGGUCUCGGGCCUUGGACUCUGGACUCGGGACUCGGGACUCGGGACUCUUGACCCUGGACUUUGGACUCGGGACUCUGGACUCGGGACUCUUGACUCUGGGCUCCGGACUUGGGACUCUGGACUCUGGUCUCUGGACUCUGGACCUUGGACUCUGGACUCUGGACUCGGGACUCUCGACUCUCGACUCGGGACUCUGGACUGUGGACUCUGGACUCGGGACUCUGGGCUCUGGACUUGGGACUCUGGACUCUGGACUCUGGACUCUGGACUCGGGUCUCUGGACUCUCCACAUUGGACUCUGGCCUAGGGCCUUGGACUCUGGACUGUUGACUCGGGACUCUGGACUCGGGACUCGGGACUCUGGACCCUGGACUCUGGACUUGGGAGUCUGGACUCGGGACUCUUGACUCUGGGCUCCGGACUUGGGACUCUGGACUCUGGACUCUGGACUCUGGACUCUGGACUCAGGACUCAGGACUCUGGACUCGGGACUCUGGAAUCUGGACUCGGGACUCUGGACUGUGGAAUCUGGACUCGGUUCUACGGACUCUGGACUCUGGACUCUGGACUCGGGACUCUGGAUUCAGGACUCGGGACUCGGGACUCUGGACUCUGGAAUCUGGACUCUUGAAUCUGGACACGGGACUCUUGACUCUGGGCUCCGGACUUGGGACUCUGCACUCCGGACUCGGAACUCUUGACUCUGGACUCUGGACUCUGGACUCUGGACUCCGGACUCGGGACUCUGGGCUCUGGACUCGGGACUCUGGACUCUGGAUUCGGGACUCUGGACUCUGGACUCUGGACUCUGGACUCUGGACUCUGGACUCGGGACUCGGGACUCUGGACUCUGGACUCUCGACUCUCGACUCUCGACUCUCGACUCUCGACUUGGGACUCUGGACUCGGGACUCUGGACUCGGGACUCUGGACUCUGGACUCUGGACUCUGGACUCGGGUCUCUGGACUCUCCACAUUGGACUCUGGCCUAGGGCCUUGGACUCUGGACUGUUGACUCGGGACUCUGGACUCGGGACUCGGGACUCUGGACCCUGGACUCUGGACUUGGGAGUCUGGACUCGGGACUCUUGACUCUGGGCUCCGGACUUGGGACUCUGGACUCUGGACUCUGGACUCUGGACUCAGGACUCAGGACUCUGGACUCGGGACUCUGGAAUCUGGACUCGGGACUCUGGACUGUGGAAUCUGGACUCGGUUCUACGGACUCUGGACUCUGGACUCUGGACUCGGGACUCCGGAUUCAGGACUCGGGACUCGGGACUCUGGACUCUGGAAUCUGGACUCUUGAAUCUGGACACGGGACUCUUGGUUCUGGGCUCCGGACUUGGGACUCUGCACUCCGGACUCGGAACUCUUGACUCUGGACUCGGGACUCUGGACUCUGGACUCCGGACUCGGGACUCUGGGCUCUGGACUCGGGACUCUGGACUCUGGACUCUGGACUCUGGACUCUCGACUCUCGACUCUCGACUUGGGACUCUGGACUCGGGACUCUGGACUCUGGACUCUGGACUCUGGACUCUGGAAUCUGGACUCUGGACUCUGGACUCGGGACUCUGGACUCUCCACAUUGGACUCUGGUCUCGGGCCUUGGACUCUGGACUCGGGACUCGGGACUCGGGACUCUGGACCCUGGACUCUGGACUCGGGACUCUGGACUCGGGACUCUUGACUCUGGGCUCCGGACUUGGGACUCUGGACUCUGGUCUCUGGACUCUGGACCUUGGACUCUGGACUCUGGACUCGGGACUCUCGACUCUCGACUCGGGACUCUGGACUGUGGACUCUGGACUCGGGACUCUGGGCUCUGGACUUGGGACUCUGGACUCUGGACUCUGGACUCUGGACUCGGGUCUCUGGACUCGGGACUCUGGACUCGGGACUCGCGACUCGCGACUCUGGAAUCUGGACUCUGGACUCUGCACUGUGGACUCGGGACUCUGGACUUAGGACUCUGGACACUGGACUCUGGACUCUGGACUCUGGACUCGGGACUCGGGACUCUGGACUCGGGACUCGGGAUUCUGGACUCGUGACUGAGGACUCUGGACUCUCGACUCUCGACUCUCGACUCUGGACUCUCGACUCUCGACUCUCGACUCUGGACUCGGGACUGUGGACUCUGGACUCGGGACUCUGGACUCGGGACUCUAGACUCGGGACUCUGGACUGUGGACUGUGGACUGUGGACUCAGGACUCUGGACUCGGGACUCGGGACUCUGGACUUGUGACUCGGGACUCUGGACUCUCGACUCUCGACUCUCGACUCUCGACUCUGGACUCGGGACUCUGGACUCUGGACUCGGGACUCUGGACUUGGGACUCGGGACUCUGGACUCGGGACUCGGGACUCUGGACUCUGGACUCUGGACUCUGGACUCUGGAUUCGGGACUCUCGACUCUCGACUCUCGACUCUCGACUCUGGACUCUGGACUCGGGACUCUGGACUCGGGACUUGGGACUCUGGACUCAGGACUCGGGACUCGGGACUCUGGACUCGGGACUCUGGACUCGGGAUUCGGGACUCUGGACUCGGGACUUUGGACUUUCGAUCGAUUGCGAUCGUUUCGACAUGUUUCCACUGUUCUAUUGUCGCUUAUGAUUGACGUCCAAGAUCUCCCGACCGGGGUGCUGCAAGGGUGGGAAGUUUCACUGCUCUAUUCACCCAGCUUGCCCUCUCUCCCCAGUUUUAAUCCCUCCCUCCCCCUCCAUUUUCGACCCCCCCUUCCCCCUCUGUUUCGCUUCUCCCCUUCCGUCCGUUUCGAUCUCCCCCCUUCCCCUCCAUUUCGCUUCCCCCCUCCCCUCAAGGAAGGUUUGUCUACUUGCCCAGCUCACCCUCAUAUCUGUUAUAUAUCUGUUUAUGACUUCGGCAAAAGUUUGGGCUGUUUGGGGUCGGGGUGUUAGGGAGACUGUGUGAUAACCCCACUUAGCGGAGAUUUCGAUGUGUUGUGGGGUGCGUGGGGGAUGUCUCUAGCGUUCGGGGACUAAGCUGAAAACUUCGAUGGGUUGUGGGGUGUGUGGGGGAUGUCUCUAACAUUCGGGGACUUAGAGCAUGUUCCUACGAGCCUCUUCCCUGGCAACCUCUUCCCAGACUCACGCGCGACCUUGAUAUCGUGUUCCCAGGAUCACUUUUUGGAAUACUCCCGUUUCAUAUUUGCGCUCCAUCGCUCUCAACCACAUAAACCCAGCUAGUGUUGAAAGUUUACUGUGCAGAUUCGCGCUUGUCUGAAAAUCUGCUCGUCUGAAAAGAGGUUUUAAAACACGCCCCUGAAUCUCGGGAAGAGGUUGCUUGGGAAGAGGCUGGUAGGAACACGCUCUUAGCUGAUUUUUUCUGGAUU